CAGCGAAACCAUGGGCGUUCCGAUCUGAGUAGCUUACAAUAGCUCGCAAGUCUCAUCACCUAUGUGUUGUAUGUGUGACUACAACACGCAGGAUAUCUCAGCUGUGUACUACAGUUUCACUACAGUUCACAAAUGUCAUCCUCCCUCUUCCUUGUCACUCCACUUCUCAACCCCCUUUCUUCCCCCCUCCCUUCCCUUCCCUCUCCCCAGGGCUACCCUCCUCCUGGUGGAGCUCCGGGCUACCCUGCCCCACCUGGUGGUGUUCCUGGUUACCCUGCCCCUGCUGGUUACCCUCCCGCUGCUGGAGGCUACCCUCCCCCUGCCACUGGCUACCCUCCACCUCCCGGAGGUCCAGGAUUCACUGUGCCCGGCCAGCCUGGUUACGGAGCUCCACCUACCUCCUACCCCGGCCAGCCUCCAGCCCAGGGGUACCCCGGCCAGCCUCCGGCCCAGGGGUACCCCGGCCAGCCUCCGGCCCAGGGGUACCCCGGACAACCUGCAGCCCAGGGUUACCCCGGACAGCCCCCCGUUUCCUACCCCGGCGUACCGGGGUACCCCGGACAACCUCCGGCCCAAGGUUACCCCGGCCAGCCUCCUGCUCAGAGCUACGGAGCCCCUCCCCCUGGAAGCUACCCCCAGCAACCUCCUCCUGCUGGCUACCAGCAUCCUUCAGCGGCCCACCACCAGCAACCUCCUCCCCAGCAACAGGCCUCCAAGGUUACUAGUGGGAUGGCGGCCAUGUCUGUGAAUGAGCAGAAGGGCCAUGGGACCAUCAAGGCUCCAGCUAGCAUUGAUGCUGAGGCUGACGCCGGCGUACUGCGCAAGGCCAUGAAGGGAAUGGGCACUGAUGAAAUGGCCAUCAUCGGCCUCCUGACUAAGAGAACCAACGAACAACGUCAGCAGAUCCUGGUCAAGUUCAAGCUCAUGUAUGGCAAGGACCUCAUCAAGGAGCUCAAAUCCGAGCUCACUGGCAAUUUUGAGGACUUUAUCGUGUCUCUCAUGGACAAGAAGACACUCUAUGACGCCAAGUGUCUUCGUAGGGCCAUGAAGGGUGCUGGUACUGAUGAACGAGCUCUGAUUGAGAUCAUGUGCACUCGCACCAACAAAGAGAUCCAUGAGAUCAUUGCUGCCUACAAAGUUGAGUUUGGUAGGAACCUGGAGAAGGAUGUGGUGAGCGAGACCAGUGGACAUUUCAAGAGGCUCCUUGUCUCCAUGUGCCAGGGUGCUCGUGAGGAAAACACAACACCGGACAUGGCCAAGGCCACCAGAGAGGCCCAGGAGCUGUACAGUGCCGGGGAGAAGAAACUGGGAACUGACGAGUCCAAGUUCAACCACAUCCUGGCCACUCGCUCGUACCCUCAGCUCCUUGCCACCUUCAGCGAGUAUACCAAGAUUUCCCAGCGUGACAUUCUGAAUUCCAUCGAACGUGAGAUGUCUGGAGACCUGAAGUCAGGAUUCAGGACUGUUGUGAUGUGUGUGAGGAGCCGUCCUGCCUAUUUUGCCGAGAGGCUCUACCAAAGCAUGAAGGGAGCAGGAACUGAUGACGAGACUCUUGUCCGUGUCAUCGUCAGCCGUUCCGAGGUUGACCUGGUGGAGAUCAAGCAGGAGUUCCUCAAGAUGUACCACAAGACCCUCUACAAGAUGAUUGAAGGAGACACCUCUGGAGACUACCGCAAGGGUCUGAUGACUGUGGUUGGAUCUGAUGUGUGAGUAGAUUUAGGUGCAGAGCCAGAAAGACUGGACCAAUAACUGUUACUUUCAUGAAUAGAUAACUGUAGUUUUAUAGCAUGUUCAUUAAAAUUCUGAACUGUUGUUCAGCGAUUGUUACCCAUCGGUGUGUGUGUGUGUGUGCACGCACGUGUGUGUGUCUGUGUCUGUGUCUAUGCAUGUGGUGAGCAUGUCUGGGAA